AUGGCGCUGCCCAUACAGCGGUGCUGGUCUAGGUUGCGGGCUGUGACCUUACCGUGGCCGGCAGCAGCCGGUUAUCACGCCAAGCCGGUGCCUCUGAACCUGAGCGGCUUCUUCAUCCCGGAUCCCGCCGACCCGAAGACGAAGGAGUGGCAGAAGGGCCCAGCCUACGAGGCAAAGCUGUACGGCCAGUAUGGCAGCGCCUCCUGGGUGAAGCCUGAGCAGCUGUGGCCGAGCCCUGAGGAGCUGCAGAUGGUGGUGGAGGAGGAGAAGGAGUGGUACCGGAGUCUGAGGGAGAUGUUGAGCAACGUGGAGGCCAAAGAGAUGGAAGAGCUGAUGAAGAAGCGGGAGAGGGAACGUCUGAUCGCUGCCAACAUGGCGAAGAUGCCCAAGAUGGUGGAAGAUUGGCGCAGAGAAAAACGAGAGGCUCGGCUGAAGGAGAAGGAGGAUAAAGACAGAAAGCUGCGUCUGUUGGCGAUAGCCCAUGAGAAGUUUGGUGUCACUGUGGAUCCCCGCAGCACCAAGUUCCUAGACAUGUUGAAAGACAUGGAGAAGGAUGAGAAGAGGAAAUUAAAGGCUGUGAAGAGAAUGCAGCGUGAGGAAGAAAAAGCGGCCAUUGCAGCUGUCAUGGCCACAAAACCACCUGCAGACCCAGACCAUGGCAGUCCUGAUACAGUGUGA